AUGGCUAACAAGUACAACAAAGUGAACCAGAACAAGUUCGAGAUGAGGGAAGGGGUAUAUCACGAGAAGGGUGGGAACAAAGGAAAUUGGGAGAAAGAAAUGGUGAGGUUUAACGAAGAAGAGGUACAUAAAUUUUUUAGUACAUGGAAAGUGUUCAGCAAGGAAAAAAUAAAUGAUGUAGGUGAAAGAAAGAACUUUUUCAUUUUCGACAAAGAGAAAGAUUUAGACAAUGGGAAUAGUGAAUAUUUUAAUUCGUACAAUUAUAUACAUAUACAUGAAGAUAUGAUAAAAGAUGAAGUGCGAACAAGAACAUAUUAUGAUGCAAUUAGAAAAAAUGAACAUUUAAUAAAAGACAAAAUUGUGUUGGAUGUAGGAUGUGGAACAGGUAUUCUUUCCUUUUUCGCUGCCAUGUCAGGUGCAAAACAUGUAUACAGUAUUGAAAAAAGUAAUAUUAUAUAUACAGCAUUAAAAAUCAGAGAUGAAAAUAAUUUACAAGACAAAGUAACUUUUCUUAAAGGUUUGGCAGAAGAAAUUGAAUUACCUGUUGAUAAGGUGGAUAUAAUAAUUUCUGAAUGGAUGGGAUAUUGCUUAUUGUAUGAAAACAUGCUUGAUACUGUUUUAUAUUGCAGGGAUAAGUGGCUAAAGGAAGGUGGGCUACUUUUUCCAGACAAAGCAUAUAUGUACAUUGCUGGCAUUGAAGACAGUUUAUAUAGGGAAGAAAAAUUUGAUUUUUGGAAAAAUUGUUAUGAAUUAAAUUAUUCUUCAGUUUUACCAAUACUUAAGGAAGAAGUAGUUAUUGAUUAUGUUGAUAAAAAUUUCAUUGUUACUGAUACUUGUUGUAUUUUAAAAUUGGAUUUAAACACAUGUACAAAGGAAGAUUUAUCUUUUGCUUCUCCAUUUCGUUUAAAAAUGACAAAGAAAGAUUAUCUACACGCACUCGUCAUAUGGUUUGAUGUUUCCUUUUCUGCUUGUCAUACAGAAAUUAGCUUCACCACAGGACCUUACGGUGGACAUACACAUUGGAAACAGAUUGUAUUGUACACAGAUCAUGUUCUCACUGUUGAAAAACAUGAAGUUAUGUGGGGGAUGUUUGCGCUCAGAAAAAAUGCCAAGAAUAUGAGACAUAUCGACAUGAAGCUGCACUACAUCUUUGACGGUGUGCAUACUCGUGCUAGGUCAACCCAGUUUUUCAACAUUAGCUGA